CUCGCGCGCGUGUGUUUGUCGUCGUCUGGAGGAGACUGCAGUGCUCGCUCAACGCCGUGGGCCUGUGUGCGCUCGCUCGAGAAGGCUGGACGUCCCAUCGCCCGGUGUUUGUGCACGGCCCGGCUGCCCACUCGCGCGGCGAAUUCCGCGUUAAGCUGGUGGAGAGGCCGACCAUAGGCUGAAGUGGGGCCCCGCGGCCGGAUCGCCUGCUGCUGCAGGUUUGCGAUGGCUUUCGGACUGGCUCGGUACUGACCCACAUUGUGGCUCUUUAAGCACGUGCUCGUCGUUGUGCCGGGACGUCCGAGGGGCAGCCGCGUGUGUGCACUUGUCUCGGACGCUGUGGAAUUUCGCCCACCGCCGCCGCCAAGCUGGCCAGUCGGCUCAGCAGCGACAGCCAGCCGGCUAUGGAGACUUGGAUUGAAAACCUGAACAAUCUGGUGAUCGCCCUGAAACAGGGCUCGGAUCCCCGGGCUGCCACGUGCCGAGGCAAGCUGCAGUACCGCCGCUCCAAGAUCAACCAUGAAAUCACCAAACAGAUGAUGAUGCGCAACGGAGCUGAAAAGCUCUUCAAGGCUACGACAAACAAGAAGCUUCGUGAGACAGUUGCUCUGGAGCUGAGCUUUCUCAACUCAAACCUCCAGUUGCUCAAGGAGCAGCUGGCUGAGCUCAACAGCUCUGUGCAGAUCUACCAGAGUGAAAACCAGUCGCAGGUGGUACCGAUGAUCCCCCUAGGCCUCAAGGAGACCAAAGACAUAGACUUCAAAGAGCCUUUCAAGGACUUCAUUAUGGAACACUACAGCGAAGAUAGUUCUGUGUAUGACAGCGCCAUUCAAGAAUUUAUGGAUGUUCGGCAGGCUGCCCGCACCCCAACACGGGACCAGGCUGGUGUUCAACUUUUGUUUGAGUACUACAACCUGCUUUAUUUUGUGGACAGGCGUUUCUUCCCCCCUAAUCGCAGCAUGGGCAUCUUCUUUGAGUGGUUUGACUCUCUAACUGGAGUUCCAAGCACACAGAAGACGGUUGCCUUUGAAAAAGCCAGCGUGUUGUUUAACAUUGCGGCACUAUACACGCAAAUAGGUGCAAAGCAAGACCGUGGAAAAAGCACAGGAAUAGAUUCAGCAGUGGACAGCUUUCUGCGAGCAGCUGGCAUGUUUUGUUACAUACGGGAGAACUUUAGCAAGCCACCUAGCAUGGACCUCAGUGCUGAAACACUGGAGGUGCUUACCCAUGUAAUGCUGGCUCAGGCACGAGAAUGCCUCUUUGAAAAGCUGAUCUUGGGCAAUGUCGAGAAGCAAGGAGUCAUGACUUGCAUUGAAGUGGGCCAAGAAGCAGCCGAGGUUGCCGAGGUUUAUGCCCAAGUGCACAAGCUUAUCUCGAUGCCUCCUGUCAAGGACUAUGUACCUUAUUCGUGGAUUAGCCUUAUCUUGGUGAAGGCUGAACAUUACCGUGCAUUAGCACACUAUUAUGUUGCUGUAGGGCUUCUUGAACACUCAGGGGAUUUGGAUGAGGCCUUGAGGCGGUCUCUUGAAUUUCUGCAUGUCCAAGAGCAGAGCAAUUCAACAUGCAUUGACAUCAGAGUGCCCCAAACUUUGGAGGAGAGACGACAGCUAGGUAAGGCCCACCUGCGUGAGGCUCUCCUACUGCACGAAGAAGCACUGCGCCUUCACCGCAUGUGUCGCCAAUUGCGCCAAGUGGACAACCUGCUUGGGCGUCUACGGGCUGACCAUGACGCUGCUUUGCAGCGCUAUGCUGACCUCGAGGAGGAAGAUGACUUCCAGGAGGUGUUAGACCCACCUCAAAUUCAAGCUUCCACAAAGUAUCAAUUGACUUUGACAUCACCCGAUUUCACUCAGUACAAAGUAAAGGACCUCUUUCAUGGGCUGGGUCCGAUCAGUAUCUUCUCUGCCAGGCACCAUUGGUCUGCAUCCCGGGCUGUGCACCUUACCAAAAAGGGCAAGGAAAGCUUCGGCUUCAGUGUGCGAGGAGAUUCCCCAGUUAUUGUUGCUGGUGUCGAAGCUUGCAGCCUUGCAGAGCUGGCUGGUGUAAAAGAAGGAGAUUUCAUUGUUGCCAUUGGGGACCUUGACACUAAAUGGUCAACGCACGAGGAAGUGGUACAAUUAAUAAGAAAAGCUGGUGAUGAGCUGACUCUGCGUGUCAUCACACCCAUGGAUCGUAGCUAUCUACGACAGAGCCCAGCAUCGUCAACCACCUCGUCAUCUGGUGUGAGUUCAAGUGGUUCGAGCCGAGUGCAGAGUCCCAAUGGUUCUAUUGCCAGCAACAAAAGCAAGGACAGCCACAAACGGCUGACUUGGAACUUCUUCCGACGUGGAACGUCCAAGGAGAGGCGGGAAGCUGGUUAUGAUGCCAACAUUUUGCUGCGUUGAACAUAUCACUGCAACUAAACCCAACUGGCAUUGGUGUCGUGCCCAGUGGCCACUACCAAGGAACCGAGUGUGCACGAAAAAGCAUCCAUGUUAAAAGGACAAAGACAACGGAGUUGUUAUACUUUAGUGCUGGAACUAUGUUGCACCCAAUUGAAGGAUGCUUUUGAUGAGCUGUGCUCAACCUUGAACUUUCAAGAUAUGGGGCCUGAUCCUAAAUAGUGCGAUGGCAAAAAAUUUGAGAACCUUCGUCAGUGUCGCCAAUUGUGUCCAAGAUCUGCUGCAUUUGCUAUGAUUACUGCUGUGUGUUGCAGGUUUUUACAUUGAGAAGACAUGUGAUUUUAAGUCUUGCAACAUUUUUGCAGUUAGCACUCAUUUCAGCUUUUACUGUUUCACAUAAAAUUGCAGUAUUGUACAGAUAUAUGAAGGAAGCAACAAUGAUAGUCAUUGGUGGCAAUUUGUAAAUUGUUUUGCUUGUUUUGUAUUCAUGUAAUGGUUAAAAGGUGUGUGAAAUGUAAAGGACUUGCAUGCUUGUGCUAAGAGUACCAUCCUUCUGAACUGAAGUAUCGUAGCACUCGUGCCAUUUUUGGUUAUUUGACUGCUGCAGCCAUGCCAAAUGUGGAAAUCACAUUACUAAUCUUUUACUUGUACCCUUUACCUGUGUUUAACUGGUAUGAAAAUUUAGUGGGCAGUAAACAAUGGGCCAUUGCCUUGAGGCUAACAUCUGGCCUGCUAAGAGUCAACUCUAUGAAUAUGGGUAUAAACCGGGCAUCUCUUUAUGCAGUAUUAGUGCAUUAAUUUCAGUAGAAUUAUGUUCCAGAAUGGCAGUUCUAGCUCUAGCCUAUUUGUAUACCUGGUGCAUCAUAAAGUUGCAUUUUCAAUCAUCCCACCUAAGCUUUGUUUACGUAUCCUUUAAUUGUGAAGAAAGCAUUUGGCACAAAGCUACAUUUUCAAUCAAUCAUCCCAGUUAAGGUUUGUUUACGCAUCCUUUAAUUGUGAAGAAAACAUUUGGCAUACCAAUGCAGUUUGUUGUGCAUAUUAUUAACCAUUGCUGUGUUAGGUCCAGAUGUUUGCUGGGUUGUGAUGAAACAACAGAACUAAAUGUUUUUCUGUACAUGCAUUGCAGUAUGUAGCUAAUACAUUCUAAGAGGAUAUACUUUGCUUGCAGUGGUCUGCCAAGCGAGCUUCAGUUUUGUAGCAUAGUGGAACACAGCUUACUGUUGAUAGCGCUUUGCUUUACCUUCACAGUAGGGUUUUCGCUCAUUCUUAAACCAAGUUAAGGACACUGUGGACUCGUAAUUGCACAUAUUUGUUAUUUGCAGCAUUUAAAUUUUCGUGCAGAGUUAUUAAGGCAGUUCAAAGUGAUCACUUUUGUUGGUCAAAGAUACUGAUGUGCAUGACGUGCAGCUUAGAGGGAUUGGGUGAGUGUUUACUAUACACUGAUGAACUCAUGUGGAAGCAGCCGAAGUGUUGCAGGAAGUCAUACAGUUUGUGUGGUGCUUAGAGAGGCGUCACUGACAGUGUCAAGGUAUAUAAUGUACAUACUGUACAUAUGGACAACCUAAGGCAUACUCUAUUUUUGCAUCAAGGUUAGCUUUCUGACAUUAGAUUCUUCUUUUAUUGCCUUCUAAAACACCUCCAUAUUGCUUUUAUAACAUAUUUGGCUUUUGCUGAUGCCGUGUACUAAUUAAAAAUUAUAGACAAACAAAUUCCAAGGCGUCUGUAAUUUUUGUUACUUUCUAAAAAAAUAACUGACUGCAUUUCAUGAAGUUAUGAGUUGUUCUCUUACAAUACUAUAUGAAAAGCAAUUCAACCUAGCAGUGAAAUAAAGCACUUAUAUUUGAA